UAGCUGUCAUCCGCGCAGGGAGCGAGGCGUCCCACAGCCAGGGGAGGGGGAAAACAAGCCCCGAGGGGACGGCGGUCGCGGUGGCGGCGGGGAACGGAGUGGACCCCGCCGGCCCUUCCCCGCCCUGCCGCCAUUCCCCCCUCCUCUUCGGCUUCCUCUGGCAGCGGCUGCCCGCUUAACCCUUUCCCGGACUGGUACCGGGAGAGCUCCGAGUCGGGCUGGCGACGACAGAUGUUUCAGAGAAUGAGGGCUAAUAUAGUCCAGUAGUUAAACUGCUGAUGGGAAAGUUAGGAAAUCCAGAUGCUCUUUCUCUGCAGCAUGGCUGGGAACUGGAUUGAAAGUGAGCCACAAUGGCUGUUGUCAUCUCAGAUAGUCCUCCAAACUCAAACUGCAAAAUCAUGACUUUUAGGCCCUCAAUGGAUGAAUUCAGGGAGUUCAACAAAUACUUAGCAUACAUGGAAUCACAAGGUGCUCAUAGAGCGGGAGUUGCAAAGGUUAUCCCACCAAAGGAGUGGAAGCCAAGAAAACAUUAUGAUGAUAUUGAAGAUUUGGUGAUUCCUGCUCCAAUUCAGCAGAUGGUCACUGGCCAGUCGGGGCUCUUCACACAGUACAACAUUCAGAAGAAGCCAAUGACUGUGAAGGAGUUCAGGCAGCUGGCCAAUAGUGACAAAUACUGCACCCCGAGAUACAUAGAUUAUGAAGAUCUGGAGCGUAAAUACUGGAAGAACUUGACUUUUGUGGCACCAAUUUAUGGAGCAGAUAUCAAUGGAAGCAUUUAUGAUGAAGGAAUUGAGGAGUGGAAUAUUGCCCAUCUUAAUACAAUAUUGGAUGUUGUGGGAGAAGACUGUGGAAUUUCUAUUGAGGGUGUAAAUACACCAUAUCUGUAUUUUGGCAUGUGGAAAACAACGUUUGCAUGGCACACUGAAGACAUGGAUCUCUACAGUAUUAAUUAUCUUCAUUUUGGGGAGCCCAAGUCAUGGUAUGCUGUUCCACCAGAGCAUGGAAAACGGCUUGAAAGACUAGCUCAAGGGUUCUUUCCAAGCAGCUCCCAAGGAUGUGAUGCUUUUCUUCGCCAUAAGAUGACUCUGAUCUCUCCAUCAGUAUUGAAAAAAUACGGAAUUCCUUUUGACAAGGUUACCCAAGAGGCAGGAGAAUUCAUGAUCACUUUUCCAUAUGGAUACCAUGCAGGGUUUAACCAUGGUUUUAACUGUGCUGAGUCAACAAAUUUUGCCACCAUCCGAUGGAUUGAUUAUGGAAAGGCAGCGAAGUUGUGCACUUGUAGGAGAGACAUGGUGACAAUAUCUAUGGAUAUCUUUGUGCGGAAAUUUCAACCCGACAGAUACCAGCUGUGGAAACAGGGCAAGGAUUUAUACACCAUUGAUCAUACAAAACCAACUCCUGAAUCAACACCUGAAGUAAAGACCUGGCUACAGAGAAGAAAGAAAAUAAAGAACUUUCCUAAGUGCUUCCAGCACACCAGAUCUCGAUCUAAAAAGCUUAAAACUCCAGAGGAGAAGAGAGUAUCUACUGUGGUAGCUGGUGCAGAAAUCAUAGUGGCUAAAGCAGCUACUGAUGGCUUCAAGGUCAGUGAAGAACCUGAAAAAAAAACAAGACUGGUAAACACAGAAAUGCCUUCUGGGGAAGAAGAACACGGUAGUAGAAUGCAGCUGGAUCAACAUUUAUUGGAUAAUGUCAAGGUUACAGGAAGCAUCCAUUCAGACUCAUUUUCAAGCCCUGUUCCUGUACUAGAGAAAACAAAAACAGAAGAUGAGAACAGGAUAGAUUCCAGUCAUCCUCUUGUCAGAUCUGAAGAUUCUGCGACCCACACGCCCACUUCUGGUAGCUGUAGAAAAGAAGAGAGUUUGAAAUCUCAGAAUGAGUCUAAUUCGUCCAUACCAUACCAUAAGUGUGAGGGACGAGCUUCUGAAGAAGAAAACCCAGAUAAAGAAGAAAACAUCUUGGCAGAGGAUAAUAUCAGUGACCUAGAAAGCUGUGAAAGUAGCCUGGCACAUGGAGAAGUGCUCUGUGUGAAAAAAGAUGAGGAAGAUGACAUGGAAACAUCCAGUUCAGCGGAGAUUGAAAGAAAGAAAAUAUCCAAGAGUUGGCGUCAUCCACUAAAUAAACCCCCAGCUAGAUCUCCAAUGACUUUGGUUAAACAGCAAGCUACUGGUGAUGAAGAACUGCCUGAGACUACUUUAAUUGAAGAGAAAAUUCAAGAGACAGAGACAUGGGCCAGGCCUCUGGUCUACCUUUGGCAGACGAAAGUACCCAAUUUCAAUGCCGAAAAAGAAUACAAUGCAGCUUGUGCAAAAAAGGAACCACAUUGUGCCAUUUGCACUCUUCUUAUGCCAUACUACAAGACAGACAAUCAUGAUGAAGAAAGUCCUGCUUUUGGGGAAGCAACGUCAGCAGAAACAUCGAUGGCUGAAAAUGAAAAGACUAAACCUCUGAUUCCAGAAAUGUGUUUUAUUUAUAGUGAAGAAAACACUGAGCACUAUCCAUCAAAUGCCUUUAUUGAAGAAGAUGGAACAAGUCUUCUGAUUUCCUGUACAAAGUGUUGUGUACGAGUUCAUGCAAGUUGCUAUGGUGUUCCUUCUCAUGAAAUCCAUAAUGAAUGGUUGUGUUCUCGAUGCAGAAAAGAAGCCUGGACAGCCGAGUGUUGUCUCUGCAAUUUGAGAGGUGGUGCAUUAAAGCAAACUACUGACAAGAAGUGGGCACAUGUAAUGUGUGCAAUUGCCAUCCCAGAAGUCAGAUUUGGUAAUGUCACAGAACGUACACCGAUAGACACUAGCAGAAUACCUUUGCAAAGAUUAAAAUUGAAAUGUAUUUUCUGCAGACAGAGAGUUAAGAAAAUCUCUGGUGCCUGCAUUCAGUGUUCAUAUGGACGCUGCCCAGCCUCCUUCCAUGUUUCCUGUGCCCACGCUGCAGGAGUGCUGAUGGAACCUGAUGACUGGCCAUACGUUGUCUACAUCACAUGUUUCAGGCACAAGACUAACCAAAAUGUGAGAGCUAAAGCAUGUGAGAAGGCCAUUACGGUUGGACAGACGGUCAUCACGAAACAUAGGAAUACACGAUACUAUAGUUGCAGAGUCAUAGAAGUGACAUCUCAAGUUUUCUAUGAAGUGAUGUUUGAUGAUGGCUCUUUCAGUCUGGAUACUUUUCCUGAAGACAUCGUUAGCAGAGAUUGCUUAAGGCUGGGCCCACCUGCAGAGGGAGAGGUUGUCCAAGUGAAAUGGCCUGAUGGAAAACUGUAUGGUGCAAAGUAUCUGGGAGCAAACACAGCUCACAUGUAUCAGGUUGAGUUUGAAGAUGGCUCCCAAAUAGUAAUGAAGAGAGAAGAGAUAUAUACACUAGAUGAAGAACUUCCUAAGCGAGUAAAAGCACGUUUUUCUACAGCCUCUGACAUGAGAUUUGAAGACACAUUUUAUGGAGCAGAUGUUAUCUCAGGAGAGAAGAAGAGGCAGAGAGUAUUAAGUUCUCGCUUUCGGAAUGAAUAUGUGGAUGAUCCAGGAUACCGUACCUUCUUGAAAAGCUCUUUCCAGAAAAAAUGUCAGAAGGGGCUGUAACAGGAAGUAGGAGAGGGAUGUUGAUUAAAAAGCAUGCAGCAUUAUUUGGAAUUGGUUUUGGUUUAAUUAACUAAUCAAUACACCAGCCUCACAAGCUUAAGUGAUUGAGUUAUGAUUUCUUCAGUAUUAAAGGUUUUGUAGUGAUUUAUAUUAAAGAACUAAAGGGGGAACCAAGUGAGAGUAAGAGGGAUUGCACAAUGAUAUGCUGAAGAAAACUUAAAGUCUUACUUGCAUUGAGACAAGCAGUAAAAUUCCUUACAAAUUAUGAGAAAAGAUUCACAUUCAGAGGAGGACACAUCUUAGUAAACAGAGAUAAUUUCAGUGACUCAUUUUUUUCUGUGGACAGGAAAGGGUGUUAAGUUCCGUAAUAGCAGUUUUUUAUAAAACAUUUUUAUGACAAAUACAAAUAAUGUACAGUAUGAGGACAAACAAAAACUGUACUUACUUUGAUACAGUGCUUUUACCUUUUUAUGUCACUACUGCUUUCAGCAGGAUUUGAUGGGGAUUCAACUUUGACUUAGAUACUUUGGCUUUUAGGAUGUAUUUCUUCAGCCCGGCAAGGCUGUUUUGUAUAUUUAAAGAGGCAGAUUUUGGCAGUUAUUUUUAAACAUGUUUUUCAUAAGGUCUAUUAAAAAUAGCUAUUUGUAAAAUAUAAUUUUCUUUCAUUACAUGUAUGAAAAAAUAGAGUUUAAAUAUAUAUGCUUA